UCGAUACGGAGAAUUACAUAGCUACUGUAGUUUCGAUUUUUCCAGCCCCAAAUAAAUUUUCUGUUUGCAAAAAAAUAAGCGCUUUUGUGCAACGAAAACUUUACAAAUGUGGUCGCUUUAAGCAAGCAGCAAAAUUGCAUUUUCGAAAUUUUCCGCCUGCAGCUGGCCCUGGACGUGCUUUGUAUCCGUGGAGAACAGAGAAGCAAAGAUAGACGCCGUGUGGGGUUGGGUUGCUUCCGCCCCGCUGCGCUUAGCGGCGAACAGAAUGGGCGACCUUCCGGGCUCCACGGGCGGAGGAAGUGGGCCAGCUGCAGCCGGAAAUGCAAGUGGAAAUGCUAACUCUGCAGGUAACACAGGCCUUGGUGUGGCCGGCACCACGGGCGUCGACCGUCCACCAUCCCCGGCCCGUCUCUCCCACACAUCCGAGAAGCAUCCAAAGGUUACGCUGACCGAGCUCAAUAUGCUGCGACGCCACCGCGAGCUUUGCGACGUUGUGCUCAAUGUGGGCGGACGCAAGAUAUUCGCCCAUCGGGUCAUUCUGUCCGCCUGCAGCUCCUACUUCUGUGCAAUGUUCACGGGCGAGCUGGAGGAGUCACGCCAAACAGAGGUCACCAUACGAGACAUCGACGAGAAUGCCAUGGAGCUGCUCAUCGACUUUUGCUACACGGCCCACAUCAUUGUCGAGGAGUCCAACGUGCAGACACUGCUGCCUGCCGCCUGCCUGCUACAGCUGGUCGAGAUCCAGGACAUUUGCUGCGAGUUCCUCAAGCGCCAACUGGAUCCAACCAAUUGCCUGGGCAUACGAGCCUUUGCCGAUACACACUCCUGCCGUGAGCUGCUUCGCAUUGCCGACAAAUUUACACAGCACAACUUCCAGGAGGUGAUGGAGAGCGAGGAGUUCCUGCUGCUGCCCGUCGGCCAACUGGUGGACAUUAUCUGCAGCGACGAGCUUAACGUACGCUCCGAGGAGCAGGUCUUCAAUGCAGUCAUGUCCUGGCUCAAGUACAAUGUGGCUGAGAGGCGACAGCACUUGGCACAGGUACUCCAACACGUCCGUCUGCCUCUACUCUCUCCAAAGUUCCUGGUCGGCACUGUGGGCUCCGAUCUGCUGGUGCGCAGCGACGAGGCCUGCCGGGAUCUGGUGGAUGAGGCCAAGAACUAUCUGCUGCUGCCGCAGGAGCGACCACUGAUGCAGGGACCACGCACCAGACCCCGCAAGCCAACACGCCGCGGCGAAGUUCUGUUUGCCGUGGGUGGCUGGUGCUCCGGCGAUGCUAUUGCCUCAGUGGAGCGCUUCGAUCCACAGACCAAUGACUGGAAAAUGGUUGCACCCAUGAGCAAGCGACGCUGCGGCGUGGGCGUGGCCGUUCUCAAUGAUCUGCUCUAUGCUGUGGGUGGCCACGAUGGCCAGAGCUACCUGAACAGCAUCGAGCGCUACGAUCCGCAGACGAAUCAAUGGUCCUGCGAUGUGGCACCCACCACCUCAUGCCGCACCAGUGUGGGCGUGGCCGUGCUGGAUGGCUUCCUGUAUGCUGUGGGUGGCCAGGAUGGUGUCCAGUGCCUCAAUCACGUGGAACGCUACGAUCCCAAGGAGAACAAAUGGUCCAAGGUGGCUCCAAUGACCACACGACGUCUAGGCGUUGCGGUGGCCGUGCUUGGCGGCUUUCUCUAUGCGAUUGGAGGCUCGGAUGGACAGUGUCCAUUGAAUACAGUAGAGCGCUAUGAUCCUAGACAAAACAAAUGGGUGGCCGUCAGUCCAAUGUCGACGCGUCGCAAGCACUUGGGCUGUGCGGUGUUCAACAAUUACAUCUAUGCCGUGGGCGGGCGAGAUGAUUGCAUGGAGCUCUCGUCCGCUGAGCGCUAUAAUCCAUUGACCAACACCUGGAGUCCCAUUGUGGCCAUGACCUCGCGACGCAGCGGGGUUGGUCUGGCCGUGGUGAAUGGACAACUGUACGCUGUGGGCGGCUUUGAUGGCUCCGCCUAUUUGAAGACCAUCGAGGUGUACGAUCCAGAGACGAAUCAAUGGCGUCUCUGUGGCUGCAUGAACUACCGCCGCCUGGGCGGUGGCGUGGGCGUGAUGCGUGCACCUCAGACUGAGAAUUAUAUGUGGUGCGAAAACAGUUUUAAGCAGCAACAGCAGCAACAAGUGCAUAACACUAAUAAUACCCCAUCCCAAUUAACAUCGUAACUUUGCUCGUUUCACUGUCAUUCAUUUGUAUGUUUGUCUUUUGUCUUCUCUUUCCUCCCUCCCGAUCCCCCUGCUUACUCACAUGCUAACAAAUGAAGGAUACGCAAGGAUUCUGUUGUCUGAUGGGAGAAGCAUCCGCCGUCGUUGACGUUGCCAUCGCAAACGUUGCCGCCGCCGCAUUUCUACUAACAAUUGAAGCCAAAUUUCGAAUGCCCCACAAACCCAUCUCCCUCCCCCAUCCAUUGUUUAGCAGUUUUGUCUGUGAAGUGUACUAUGUGUUAAUUGUUUAUGUGGUAGAGCCUAAGCCUCAACUUUCCCCAUCCUCAGAUUAGUAUUAAGAGAGUUAUAUAAGAGCCACCAACUAAACCCUGAAACUCCUCCACCAACCAUGCCCAUGCCCCCACACUCCCCAUUGUAACUAAUAAUACACCUAUGGUAGAAUAUAUAUAUAUAUGUAUAUGUUUAAUGGUAAGCAGCUAUAAUUGAUAGACGAACUCGAAAUCGUAAUAAUUAGAUUGUUGCUGGUUGGAAUUUCAUGGAAAUUGCUAACGCCGUGCCCCAUGCCUUCUUUUCGGAAACAAAGUUAAAAACAAAACUAAUAACUAAAAAUCAAAUCAAAUGCUAAACUAAAUUCAGUUAAUUUAUUUAUUGGAAAAAUGAGCUCUAAAGUCAAGUAACAAAAUUGGUAUUAAAAUAAUUGAAGUAUUAAGCAAAUUAUUUAACGCCCCCUGCCUCUACCUUAUUUAUUAUUAUUUUCCAACCCCCUGCCCGGCCUCUCUUCAGCUACUUGUCAAUAGGACAGACAGUUCUUCGUUUGAUAGGAUUUCAAGUAGAGUAAAAAAUGCUUAAAAGCUUAAAAAUACAAAUGGGAUAACAAAAAAAAAACCAAUUACAGUUGCAAAUGAACAAAAAAGUCUUAAGAUAGCCCCCAAGAAACAUUUCAAUAGUUAAAUUAAAUAAUUAACAAUUAAAUUUAAAGUCUACGCCUAGUUCUAAGCCUACAAAUUUUAAUAUUGUUAAUCGUAGAUUGAAUGCCGAUGAAGAUGAAGCCCGAACCCCUGGCUGACCACUCGACACAUCGAGUUUUAACGUUUUAUUGUUAAACAAAGUUUGACCUGGAUCUGCUGGGUGAUGGAAACUCGAACCAACUUGGAAUUAUUCAUUGGCAAAGGAAAAUCCUCUCCUUUCCUAUUUUGUUAUUUCAAUUGAACAAAUGUUCUUUAUUUAUUUAUUGUACGCUUUUGCAUCUCAUUGUAUUGUAUUGUAUUUAGUUGUAUUUUUAAUUAUUGUGCACCUUUGUCAUUAAUUUAUACCUGUUGUUGAGACGAUGAAAGCCGUGAGCAAAUCGUAUGGAACUUUGCUUCCACAUUGACGAAUAAGAAUAGCAUUUACAAAACGAAAACGAAACCUUAAUUGUAUGUUAGAAUUAAGAAUGAGAUAAACAAAAAACUCUCACACCCACACACACACACACCAAGCAAAGAUUAAACAAUAUAAAUUGAUUGAUA